UUGCGACAAGGUCUCUGUCUUUUUGUUGGAGCAUUUGUCUGUUUUGGUUUAUCACCUUCCUUUGCGGGGUCGUCUCUUAACUCCCGAGAUACGUUUAUAUCGGUUGAUCCAUUUUGCGAGAGAGUACCACUGUAUGUGCGUCUAAACUGUAUACAACGCAAGUAUCGCAUGUUUGACGGAACGUGCAACAACUUGUGCAACAUAACACAGGUAAGGUUUACCAUACUGUAAACUGGAUUUAGUUUCUGCAUAUCGUAGAAAUCUCACACUGCCACCCCGAAGACGUUUGCAAAUUUUUUAUGUCGGUUUUAUAGUACCCUUCUCGAUAAUUCGGUUUCGAUUUUUUGAAAUUACCGAUAAUUCGAACCAAUUUACUUUUCCCAAGGCAGUUCGCCAAAAAUCGGGAUUCCACUUCCAAGGAAUUAAACUUAAGUAAUGACCCUGUUGACAGAUGAUCAACAGGAUGAUUAGAAGAUGGCUCUCCCUAUCCUUUUUCCCUUUCGCGUCUGCUUGGGCUGAAUUAAAUUUCUUUUCGUCCUAUACGCCAUAAGAGAGUCUUUUCACAGGCAACUAACCCCCUGGUUAGAUGCAAGCAGAUCAGUGCACUAAUUUUUCAUCGGGAAAAUAUUUGUUAGGGUCAAAAAUAGUUUUUAAAAAUCUUCCAGAGUCAUUAGAGACUGAGCGAGCACCAGUUCAAGUAUUCUCUUCCAUCCCACGCUCUCCUUGUACUUCCUGACGAGGGUAGAGGUCGGGAAUACUUAUAGUCAGAUUUAUUUUUCCGUAUCUCAAUACAAAGGGCUCAGCUGGAACAGCAUUCGCACGUUUCCUGCCACCAUCCUUUCAAAACGGACUGGGACCACGACUCGCUUCCACCACAAAGCCAUCACUGCCCCUCAGAAACGCGAGAACAAUCAGCAACACUGUGUUCGUGAACACCUCAGAGAACGUUGGUGGUUUGGAGCCAAACUUUACUCACAUGACCAUGCUGUGGGGAUCAUUUAUAGACCACGACUUCACGUUGACAGUUUCUAAUCAGACCGAAGGAUGUGGGACCAACAAUGCGCCAUGUCCAAACAAUGUCCCUGGAUGUGUCAGCAUUCCGAUCUCGCAAAAUAAUCCGGAUGAUAGAUUGAGGAACAAUCAAAGCGCCCAGUGUAUUCCUCUUUCACGAUCAGAAAUACGAAAUGGGGAGCAGGUUUGUGCUUUUUCUUAUAAAAUUUUAUUUGAAUCUUGCGUUAUUUUGUAACACGGGAUUGUAUUAAUUUUAAAUAUUAGAUUCAGACAGUUUCUCAUUUAUUAAUAUAACCCCUUUUCAGCCAGCUAAAAAAAAAAAACUAAAUAUUCACGGAUGCGAGCAGUCACCAAACGAAAGGUCUGGGUCGAGGGUGAAGACAGAGACAUAAUGUCAAGUUCUCUUGUUAUUCAGAAAGAGCAUUACAUCUUCCUACUACAACGAAUCUUUUGGCAGCAAUAGUUACUAUAAGUAUUCCAAACAACAACAACAAAAAAAACAAUUUCAUUCUACCCAAGUUUGAAAAGGCUUGAAUAGUGACGUCGCUACUCGAUAUUACCAUUCGCGUUAACAUACGGAAAAUACGUCAUUCGCUUUCCCGAUGUGGUGGUCAUGUGCAUUUUAGUUGCCACUAAAACACUUCUGUCCAAGCAAUAAAAUGAAAUGCCUUAUUUGUCACUUAAUUUCGUGAAAAAUCAUGAGCCAUAUUUCGCGAAAAUUUAAUUUCGCGAUUUUUAGGGAUUUUUAGAUUUCGCGAGUAUUAAAUUUCACGAUUUUUCCCAAAUCGCGAAAGUCGCGAAAUUUAAUACUCGUGAAAUUAAGUGAGAAUAUUAGGUAUUACAAAAACAGUACAUUCCAUUAUUUGUUUUGUUUUUUGUUUUAGGACUUAAAACGUCAAACGUCGAAUCGAGUUCUGAGUGUUUUAGUUCCUGUUGUAAAACACUCCCUUCCAUGUAAUAAAAUGAAAUUUUAGAAAAACACUCGGAUUUCACUCUUUUUAAGACCUAAAACGUCUGUGUCUUCCCUCCUUUUUAGGUGAAUCUGGUUACUUCUUAUAUUGACGCCUCAAACAUUUAUGGAGUUAACUGUGAGGAAGCAGAGAGUGUGCGAGAUACGACGUCACGUAUUGGUUUAUUGCGAGUAGUUCCACUUCCGGUGUCACGCUCUGAUAGAAUGCCAAUAUCCCCUCCUGCUGAUCCAAGUUCAUUUUGCAGAUCACCUAGGCCUUCACUAAAACCGUGCUUUCUUUUUGGAGACUUCAGGGACAAUGAAAACCCGGGUAUGAAGCAAGUUAUUUUAUCGUAUCUCUGCACAGUUACUGUACUCAACAAUCGUCAUCGACAGGAUUUUUUUAACGAUUUGCCUACAGUCGGCACAAAUGUUUAAAAGCAUAAGAGAAAACACUUUUUUUCCAAAGCGAACAUCAACAAAGUUACAGUAAAAUCUUUUACAAUUAGGUCAGGUUUGUAAUUACGGUGCUGACUACUGCGUGCUUGACAUGAAUGCUUUCCACUGCCUGCCAAACACACAAUAAAUUUACUCUCAACGAAGUCCUGAUGGUCGCUAACCAUAAAUAUUAUUUGGUAUGAGAGUCGUGCUCAUAUAGAUCGAUCUUGCAUCGAUUCACAGUUACAUGCGCUCUGACACCUUGUGCUCACUGCUUUUCUUUCCCUCCACAGCGUUGAUGACUGUUCACAUCCUUUUUGUUCGAGAACAUAACCGAAUCGCAAAGUUUCUUCAUCAUUUAAAUCCAACAUGGAACGACGAACGACUGUUCCAGGAAGCGCGGAAAAUUGUGAUUGCCCAAAUUCAGCAUAUUACUUACAACGAAUGGCUGCCCGUUUUGUUUAGUGAAGAAGUGGUAAGUAUUAAAUCAUCCUAACCUGUCUUUUUCAGGCGUCAAAUUGAAAAUGUUAAAAUCGUUUUCAGUAUCCUUAAGUAGUAGUCAGACGAGAGAAUGUGAUGCACAAUAGGUCAUUCCGAGAUGACGUUGUUUUGUUUAUCCUCUCUGAGUCACCAUACAUCCGGGGUAUAGAAACCGAAACCAUGGCCCUUCUGGGCAACCGUCGGACGUGCCAGCCACUCAGCUACAGAGAUUCGUGGCGAUUUACGUCAUUCACUAGCCUUCAAUUCUUUCGAUAUAUUAUAUACAGCUCACCACAAGUCUUUUGGUAGCUCAGUGGCCACAGCGCCUGACCAGUAUCUGAAAGGUCAUGGAGCCUUUCUCCUCCGAAGAGGCUCCCGCUGAGAUUGCACUGCCCGUCGUUCCUUCUCCCCAGCCUCCCUGUGACACAAGGAGGCCCUUACCGAGGAGAGAGUCUUUUUUUUUUUUAAUAUGCUUGUGAUUAGUCGUUGCAUGCAACAAGCUCCAAAUUAUCUGUUUACUUUUUUCAUUUUAGAGACGAAACAACAACCUUACCUUAGAACCUCUCGGGCAAUUUUUUAAUGGUUAUGAUCCAAAUGUUGACGCUUCGACCAGAAAUGCGUUUGCAGCUGCCGCACUUAGAAUGGGUCAUUCACUAAUACGGGACAGCUUUGGAAAAUUUAGCAGAGGAUUUGUUAGGCUCGGAGAAGUUGCUACCACAAGCUUCUUUGACCCGUCGUCUCUUUAUAGACUGAGGAAUAAUGGAAUCGAUGGCAUUAAUUUGGGAUUGGCAACGGAACCUGCUCAAAGAUUCGAUAGGUAUGCCGUAGUAUAUUUGUUGUCAAUGGAAAAGAUAUAAAUAUACCAUGAGUGGAUAGGAAAAUAUCGAGCAUGGAGAUUAAAGUCAGAGUUGGAAUUAUACAGUUUCACUUUCAUCCUUUUUAACGACCCAAACCUUGUGAUCUGUAAAAAAAAAUCCACAUGAGUUUUCUUAUAUUUUAAACAUUAAUACAAACUAUCUGUUUUCUCAUUGGCUAAGAGCCUACAAUAAAGAGCCUGAUUUUUUAAAAAAAGGUUUGUAACUGGUCGCAUUUUGUAGUCACUGUUUUUUUUUUUCCGCCAGGAACUUUGUCAAUGCUGUGCAUGAAAGUCUUGUGACUCCAGGACCAACUCCAGACGGAAUAGUAGGAGACUUGAUGGCGAUCAAUAUUCAACGGGGCCGGGACCAUGGUCUUGCCCCUUACAUAUACUUCCGAAAAUUUUGUGGAUUGGAUACUGACCUUCCCGGAGGACUUGCCAAAAAGUUUUCAGACCUUGUUAAUAUCGACAAAGAGCAGCGUGGUAGAAUCAUUAGUGUUUACAUUUCUACUUUUGACAUCGAUCUCUUUGUUGGAGGAAUCAGUGAGAAACCACAACCGGGAUCCAUUUUGGGACAGACUUUAACUUGCCUGAUAGCUGACAGCUUCCGAAGAUUUCGAGUUGGAGAUCGAUUCUGGUAUGAACGAAACGAUUCUUACACAGGAUUCACAUUAGAACAGUUGGAUUCCAUAAAGAAAGGAAGCUCGCUGGCAAAGGUUAUCUGUGACAACUCAGAUAAUGUAAACCGAAUUCAAGAGCGCGUUUUUGAGACAGGCCAAGAGUUAGUUAAUUGCGAUAGGAUACCAUCUAUCGACCUGAAUUUGUGGAGAGAAGGUGGGUGA